CGACCUGGUGCCAGUCAGUGGUGGACGCAGCACCGCGUCGCGCGAGCAAGGGGCCGAGCAGGACCGCGAGGACACGGAGAGCAUACAUUCAAGCCCUGAAAAACAAGUAGACCUUAGAGAUGAUACGCGCGUGCGGAGUGCUGAGGACGGCGAUGGCGACCGCCCCGGGGACGCCGAUGGGUCUGUCGCUGCUGCGCCUGGUCCGGGCGGCCAGCUCGGCCGCGAGCAACAAGGCCUUCCCCAAGGACGAGUUCGCCUCCAGGCACAUCGGCCCCAGGGACUUCGAGCAAAAGGAGAUGCUGGACUUCAUCGGCUACAAGUCCUUAGAUGAGCUGACACUAAAGGCCGUGCCAAAGAACAUCCAGUUCAACGCGAAGCUCGACAUUACCCCGCCAAUGUCCGAGUACGACCUCAUCGAGCGCGCCCGACAGGUGGCGGAAAAGAACGAGAUAUGGCGCUCGUACAUCGGCAUGGGGUACUACAACUGCUGCGUGCCCCACGCCAUCAUGCGGAACGUCUUCGAGAACCCCGGCUGGACGACGCAGUACACACCUUAUCAGCCAGAGGUGGCACAGGGCCGCCUGGAGAGCCUGCUCAACUUCCAGACCAUGGUCUCCGACCUGACCGGGAUGGAGGUCGCCAACGCCUCGCUCCUGGACGAGGGUACUGCGGCAGCGGAGGCUCUCAGCCUGUGCUUCAGGCAAAACAAGAGGCGGAAGCUGGUGCUGUCCGACCAGCUGCACCCGCAGACCGUGGGCGUGGUGCAGACGCGCGCCGACGCGCUGGGCCUGACCGUCGAGGUCGUCGACAUCAACACGGCCGACUUCUCCAACCGGGACGUGGCGGGCGUCCUCAUCCAGUACCCGGACACCAACGGCGACAUCCACGACUUCACGGCCAUCGUCGACCAGGCACACGACAACGGGACCCUGGUGGUGAUGGCGACGGACCUGCUGGCGCUGACGCUGCUGCGGCCGCCCUCCGACAUGGGCGCGGACAUCGCCGUGGGCUCGGCGCAGCGCAUGGGCGUGCCCAUGGGCUACGGCGGCCCGCACGCCGGCUUCUUCGCGUGCCGCCAGUCGCUGGUGCGGCUCAUGCCCGGCCGCAUGAUCGGCGUCACGAGGGACGCCAACGGCGGCGACGCCUACCGCCUCGCGCUGCAGACCCGCGAGCAGCACAUCCGCAGGGACAAGGCCACCUCCAACAUCUGCACGGCCCAGGCGCUGCUCGCCAACAUGGCCGCCAUGUACGCCGUGUACCACGGCCCGACCGGGCUCCGCGACAUCGCGCUCAAGAUCCACAACAUGACGCUCGUGCUGGCGGCCGGUCUGCGCUCCAGCGGCAACCAGGUGCUCAACCCCCUUUUCUUCGACACGCUCAAGGUGCGCCCGAAGCUCUCCCAGGGUGAGGUGGUCAGCCGGGCGGCUGCGAAACAAAUCAACCUCCGUUCAUUCGAUGACGGAUGCCUGGGCGUCUCCCUGGACGAGACCGUCAAACUAAGCGACGUCCAGGACCUCCUCGCUGUCUUCGGCAGCGACGACACUGUGGAGGGCUUGAUGUCCCAGGACGACGUGGUGUCCAAGGGCAGCAUCAAGGAGUCCGUGUUCCGCCGCACAUCUCCCUUCCUCACUCAUGCUGUGUUCAACUCGCACCACUCCGAGGCUCGGCUGGUGCGCUACAUGAAGGCCCUGGAGAACAAGGACGUGUCACUGGUCCACUCCAUGAUCCCGCUCGGGUCUUGCACCAUGAAGCUCAACGGCACAACGGAAAUGAUGCCGUGCAGCUUCCGCCACUUCACUGACAUCCACCCGUUCGCACCGGUGUCUCAGACUAAGGGCUACCAGCAACUGUUCCAGGAGCUGGAGCACGACCUCUGCGCCGUCACCGGCUACGACCGGAUAUCGUUCCAGCCCAACAGUGGAGCACAAGGAGAAUAUGCUGGUCUGCGAGCAAUCCAAAGCUAUCAUGAGCACAAUGGUGAUGGUAAUAGGAAAAUUUGCCUGAUCCCUGUAUCUGCCCAUGGGACAAAUCCUGCAUCUGCACAAAUGGCGGGUAUGCAGGUGGAGCCGAUAAAUGUUAACAAAGACGGCUUAAUCGAUAUGGGCCACCUAAAGGCAAAGGUUGAGGAGCACAGCAAAAAUCUCUCAUGCCUGAUGAUAACAUAUCCAUCCACUAACGGUGUGUUUGAAGAGACUGUCGCAGAUGUCUGCAAACUAGUCCACGAACAUGGAGGCCAGGUUUAUCUGGAUGGUGCAAAUAUGAAUGCUCAAGUAGGCCUUUGUCGUCCUGGUGAUUACGGAUCUGAUGUGUCACAUCUGAACUUGCACAAGACAUUCUGCAUUCCCCAUGGUGGAGGUGGUCCUGGUAUGGGACCUAUAGGAGUGAAAGCACACCUUGCUCCAUUUUUACCAGGUCACCCUGUUAUUAAUCCUAUGGCUGAUAUGGGUGAAGAUGCAAAGUCAUUUGGAGUAGUGAGUGCUGCUCCUUAUGGAUCUUCAGCUAUUCUUCCUAUAUCAUGGGCAUACAUAAAGAUGAUGGGUCCUCAGGGACUGAGAAAGGCAACACAAGUAGCAAUUUUGAAUGCAAACUACAUGAGUAAGAAACUUGAAGGUCAUUACUCAACUUUGUUCAGAGGAGCAACAGGCCUUUGUGCUCAUGAGUUUAUCAUUGACGUUCGUGAAUUUAAGAAAACUGCAAAAAUUGAGGCUGUAGAUAUUGCGAAGAGACUUAUGGACUAUGGAUUCCAUGCUCCAACAAUGUCAUGGCCUGUGGCAGGUACUUUAAUGAUAGAGCCAACAGAAUCAGAAGAUAAACUGGAGCUGGAUAGAUUCUGUGAAGCACUUAUCUCCAUUAGGCAAGAAAUCCUAGAAGUUGAAGAGGGUCGUAUGGAUACCAGAAUCAACCCACUGAAAAUGGCACCUCACACCCAGAUGCAAGUUAUUAAUAGUGAGUGGGAUCGACCAUACACAAGAGAGCAAGCAGCUUUUCCAGCGCCAUUCGUACGAGCAGAGAACAAAAUAUGGCCCAGUGUUGGACGGAUAGAUGACUUAUAUGGAGACAAGCAUUUAGUGUGCACAUGCCCUCCUAUACUGCCAGAAUUCAAUGCAUAAGGCGUGUAUUACUGUGAUUCAAUUCUGAAUGUACAUGUACCUGAAAAGCUGUAGGUUUUUAAGAUUUAGUUAACUAAGAAUUAUUUUACUGACAACAAUCUUUGUAUGAUGUAGAUUGCAGUUAUUAUGUAUGUCCAAUGUAAACUCUAGCUUUGGGAAGGAGUUUAAUAUAAGACUGAUAAAAAAUGGACUAGUAAACACAUUUGGAUUUAUUCACAGGUAGGUACUGAGACCAAUCCUUAAGCAAAGUAUUGAUAGAUGAACAAAUAUUUCAACAACUGCACAUUUUUGACUAACAAGUUAUAUUGCUUCAUGACAAUCAUAUCUA